AUGUCCAACAAUGGGACGGAUGCCGAAGACAAGCCGCCGGCUCCCCCGAUGAGGAACACCAGCACCAUGAUCGGCGCCGGCAGCAAAGACGGGGGGACGCUGAACCACAGCUCCAAGCCUCUGCCUCCCAAUCCCGAAGAGAAGAAGAAGAGGGACCGUUUUUACCGUUCCAUCUUGCCAGGAGACAAAACCAACAAAAAGAAGGAGAAAGAACGGCCAGAGAUCUCCCUGCCUUCGGACUUUGAACACACGAUUCACGUUGGAUUUGAUGCUGUCACAGGCGAAUUCACAGGCAUGCCUGAGCAAUGGGCCCGCCUGCUUCAGACCUCCAACAUCACCAAGUCGGAGCAGAAGAAGAACCCUCAAGCUGUACUUGACGUGCUCGAGUUCUACAAUUCAAAAAAGACCUCCAACAGUCAGAAGUACAUGAGCUUUACAGAUAAAUCUGCAGAGGAUUACAACUCUUCAAAUACACUGAAUGUGAAGACCGUAUCAGAAACACCCGCAGUUCCCCCUGUUUCAGAAGAUGAAGAUGAUGAGGAUGAAGCCGCUCCUCCCCCAGUCAUCGCCCCUCGGCCCGAGCACACAAAAUCUAUAUACACCCGCUCCGUGAUUGAGCCCCUUCCCCCGACCAAAGACGUGGCCACUUCCCCGCCUCCUUCCCCUUCGGAAAACAACACGACGCCCCCCGACACGCUGACCAGGAAUGCCGACAAGCAGAAGAAGAAGCCCAAAAUGACGGACGAGGAAAUCUUGGAAAAACUCAGAGGUAUAGUGAGCGUUGGUGACCCCAAGAAGAAAUACACAAGUUUUGAGAAGAUAGGACAAGGAGCUUCAGGCACAGUUUAUACGGCAAUGGAUGUGGCUACAGGGCAAGAGGUUGCGAUCAAACAGAUGAACUUGCAGCAGCAGCCGAAGAAAGAGUUGAUCAUCAACGAAAUCCUCGUUAUGAGGGAAAACAAGAACCCCAACAUUGUCAACUAUCUGGACAGUUACCUCGUGGGCGAUGAAUUGUGGGUCGUCAUGGAGUAUCUGGCGGGCGGCUCUCUGACGGACGUGGUGACGGAAACCUGCAUGGACGAAGGGCAGAUAGCAGCUGUCUGCCGAGAGUGUCUUCAAGCUUUGGAGUUCCUCCAUUCCAACCAAGUCAUCCACCGGGACAUCAAGAGCGACAACAUCUUGCUAGGAAUGGACGGCUCUGUCAAACUAACUGAUUUCGGCUUCUGCGCUCAGAUCACACCCGAGCAGAGCAAACGCAGCACGAUGGUGGGGACGCCGUACUGGAUGGCUCCGGAGGUGGUCACAAGGAAAGCGUACGGGCCCAAGGUGGACAUCUGGUCUCUGGGGAUAAUGGCCAUCGAAAUGAUCGAAGGGGAGCCCCCGUACCUCAACGAGAACCCCCUGAGGGCUUUAUAUCUCAUUGCUACCAACGGUACGCCGGAGCUGCAGAAUCCAGAAAAGCUUUCGCCCAUAUUUAGAGACUUCCUUAAUCGCUGCCUGGAGAUGGAUGUGGAAAAGCGGGGUUCUGCUAAAGAGCUCCUCCAGCACCAGUUCCUGAAAAUCGCCAAGCCCCUGUCCAGCCUCACACCCCUGAUCAUUGCUGCUAAGGAGGCCACAAAGAACAACCACUGAAAUGGCUGCCUAGCUGCAGGGAUUGU